AUGAUCCUGGAAAUGCUCAAUCCAAUGCAUUACAACCUCACUGGCAUGGUACCUGAGGCAAUGCCAGCUGCUACUAUGCCUAUCCUCCUCCUCACCUGCUUUCUCCUCUUGGUUUGGAGUUAUGAAGAUACUUCCUUAAUACCAGGUCCUGGUUACUGUAUGGGAAUUGGCCCCCUCCUUUCACAUGGCAGAUUUCUGUGGAUGGGAAUAGGCAGUGCCUGUAACUAUUACAACAAGAUGUAUGGUGAAUUCAUGAGAGUAUGGAUCUGUGGAGAGGAGACACUCAUUAUAAGCAAGUCUUCAAGUAUGUUUCACAUAAUGAAACAUAGUCACUAUAUUUCUAGGUUUGGAAGCAAACUUGGGUUACAGUGUAUUGGAAUGCAUGAAAAUGGUGUUAUAUUUAAUAACAAUCCAGCUCUCUGGAAAGCUAUUCGACCUUUCUUUACAAAAGCUUUGUCUGGGCCAGGUCUUGUGCGCAUGGUGGCUGUUUGUGUUAACUCAACUGUAAUUCAUCUGGACAAACUGGAAGAUGUCACCAAUGAACUGGGUUAUGUCAAUGUGCUGAACCUCAUGAGACGCAUUAUGUUGGACACCUCCAAUGUUCUCUUCUUGGGUAUCCCUCUGGAUGAAAAUGCCAUUGUGGUCAAAAUACAGAGCUAUUUUGAUGCUUGGCAAGCUCUUCUUCUCAAACCAGACAUCUUCUUUAAGAUAUCUUGGCUAUACAAAAAGUAUGAAAAGUCUGUUGUUAACCUCAUCCUACUUUCCUCAGCACUGAUUUUUACUGUUUGGUUUUUUGUUUUUUGUUUUUUUUCAACUCUUUGCAUUUUCCAGGGUCGUGGAGACUUGACAGGUGAGAAUGUGAACCAAUGCAUCCUGGAAAUGCUGAUUGCUGCUCCAGAUACUCUAUCUGUCACUGUGUAUUUCAUGUUACUGCUGAUUGCAAAGCACCCAAAGGUUGAAGAAGCAGUAAUGAAGGAAAUCCAGACUGUUAUUGGUGAGAGAGACAUUAAGAUCGGUGAUGUGCAAAAAUUAAAAGUGGUAGAAAGUUUCAUUUAUGAAAGCAUGAGAUACCAACCUGUUGUGGACUUGGUCAUGCGCAAAGCUUUGCAAGAUGAUGUGAUUGACGGCUAUCCAGUGAAAAGGGGAACUAAUAUUAUCUUGAAUAUUGGAAGGAUGCAUAGACUUGAGUUUUUCCCAAAGCCAAAUGAAUUUACUCUUGAAAACUUUGCAAAGAAUGUUCCUCAUCGUUAUUUUCAACCAUUUGGUUUUGGCCCUCGUGGCUGUGCAGGAAAAUACAUUGCCAUGGUAAUGAUGAAAGUCAUCCUUGUUACAGUGUUGAGGAGGUUCCACGUACAGACAUUGACAGGAUGCUGUCUUGAACGCAUUCAGAAAAAAAAUGACUUGUCUUUGCAUCCAGAUGAGACUAGGGACUUUCUGGAAAUGAUUUUUAUUCCAAGAAACACAGAAAAAUGCCAAGAACAAUAA